AUGCUUGCUUCACGCUUAUCUCGAGCUGCUUUUCGAACAUACAAACAGGGAGCGGCCUUUCCCCAAUACAUCUCUCAAACGAGACGAAAUCUAGCUACAUGUGUUUCUGAGAACAGCACGACGGGGGUGUUUUACGAUGUUGUGGUUGUUGGAGGUGGACACGCUGGCUGUGAAGCCUCUGCCGCCGCUGCACGAUCGGGCGCGAGAACCGCCCUUGUAACCCAGAAGUUAUCUAGUAUUGGUGUUUGCUCCUGCAAUCCGAGUUUUGGCGGUAUUGGAAAGGGUAUAAUGAUUAGAGAGAUCGAUGCACUAGAUGGAUUGUGUGGACGGAUAGUUGAUAAAGCGGGCAGCCAGUUUAGGGUGCUGAACCGGAGUAAAGGUCCCGCGGUUUGGGGUCCAAGGGCAUUAAUCGAUCGGAAGCUGUACAAGAAGCACAUGCAAGCAGAGCUCUCUAACUAUCCGAACCUAACGCUGAAAGAGGGCUCUGUGGCGGAUAUCGUCAUCGACAAGAAUGAAAGCUUCGCUCGCAAUAGUGAGGGCCACUAUGGGCAAAUUACGGGUGUUAAGCUCGAAUCCGGAGAGGUGAUAUAUACCAAGCAUAUCGUCAUCACGACUGGGACCUUUCUAAGUGGGGAGAUUCACAUUGGGUUGGAUGUAUUUCCGUCUGGGCGGAUGGGAGAAGCUGCAUCGUACGGGAUCAGUGAGUCGUUACGAGAGGCAGGGUUCCAAUUGGGACGAUUAAAGACAGGCACACCUCCGAGGAUCGAUGGGGACACUAUUGAUUAUACUCGCCUUGACAUUCAAUACGCCGAUGAUCCGCCCGUUCCGUUCAGUUACAUGAAUCUGCAAGUUGAACAGGAAAAACAACUGGCUUGCUAUCAAACCUUCACAACUACCGAAAGUCAUGAGAUAGUCCGAGCAAAUUUGGAUAAGUCAAUACAUAUACGUGAAACAGUCAAGGGGCCACGGUAUUGCCCCUCUUUGGAGUCGAAAAUCAUGCGAUUCCCUGAUAAGGAUAAACAUAUAAUAUGGCUUGAGCCUGAGGGAUAUGAUGACAACAUUGUUUAUCCUAAUGGAAUUAGCAUGACCGUUCCCGCGGAUAUUCAGGAAGCGCUUUUAAAAACCAUCCCAGGGUUAGAGAAAGCUACUAUGACCCAGGCUGGGUACGGUGUUGAGUACGAUUACGUUGAUCCUCGAAGCCUUCGAGCUACACUUGAGACCAAGGUUAUCAAGGGACUGUUCCUAGCAGGGCAGAUCAAUGGGACGACGGGAUAUGAAGAAGCAGCGUCCCAAGGCAUAAUAGCCGGUAUAAACGCCGGGCUAUCAUCGCAGAAUAAACCGCAAAUGACACUGCUUCGCUCUGAUGGAUACAUCGGAAUUAUGAUUGAUGACCUAAUCACAAAAGGAGUUUCCGAACCUUACCGAAUGUUCACCGCUCGAUCCGAAUUUCGAAUGUCUGCUAGAUCGGAUAACGCCGAUGUACGGCUUACCGAGAAGGGAAGACAUUUCGGUGUCGUAGGUGAAAAGAGGUGGGAUCAUUUCCAGACUGAGACUGGGAUGAUGGAUGAGGUUAGGUCAACUUUGAAGAGUCUAGAACUCGGUGCCCUGAAAUGGGUUGAAAAGGGUAUAGAGGUUUCUCAGGAUGCCUUCAAAAAUACUGCUUUCGACCUGCUCAGGAAGAAUCACUUGAAUGUUGAUUCGUUCCUAGGGGUAUUUCCAGAGCUUAAUAAAUACCCGGAGAGGAUUAGGGAAAGGAUAAACAUCGAGGGUGCAUAUGCGCCGUAUAUCAAGCAGCAAAUAGAUGAUAUUCGGGAGUUUGAAAGAGACGAGAACUUAGUUCUACCACCCGACAUAGACUAUAACCUGAUUACUCCACUUUCUGCUGAAGAGAAAGCACUUCUUACAGCAACCAAGCCAGAAUCAAUUGGACAGGCGAGAAGAAUCGAGGGUAUAACCCCUUCGGGCUGCUUGCUUCUUCUCAGAUAUGCAAAAAGACGACUACGAGGAUCGAGUUACCAACGUCAAUCUCCCUUUCGGAAGACAGUCGCUGAAGUCCCCGUAGUGGCUCCGUCGACAGAAGCGGUUGCAUAG